CAAUGACGCACUCCUUGUGUAAGAGAGCAUAUCACCGUUUGCCGGUACGCUGAAAGAGAUUGACAGUAUACUGCUAUGGAUGGCGAAGGGGACACUGACACAAAUCUGUAAUUUCCAUUUGUUAAGUUUGUUCUCAGACAUAGCAUGGAAGAAGCAGUGAGUGAGGAAUUUGAGGAAUGUUUGGACCAUCAAAGGUCUGUGGAAGAGCUGUCAGUAGAAGAAGAGUUGCUUCGGAAAACAGGCAAAGAGCAAAACAAUCUUGAUGUUCAGGUUUCAAGAAGAAAACAAGAAGAGAAUGUUAGUUCAGAGGAGGCAGAAGAAAUGACAUUGAAAAUAGUUGAAGCCAUGGAAGACAUUGCAAAUGGCACAACAGAGAAAGAAACGGAGACAGUUUCUGAGGAGAAAAAAGCUCCCAAGGCAGCACCAGUGAAAGCUGCAACAAUGAAGAAGAAAAAGAUGGAGCCUAAAACAACUGCACCUGUCAAACCAGAUCUUCCCUGGGAGGGCAUCACACUGAACAGAUGUCUCCUUGUUGCCUCAUUCGUUGCCCUUUUAAGUAUGGGCUUUCAGGUCAUGCAGGAUGUUGGUGACAUCGAGGAUGACUCAGCUGAAGAAGAUUCUAGUUCCUGGGCAUUACCUGAAAACAGCAUUGAAGAAGCUGCUGCAGAAAUGAAAGAGCCAUCAUUUUUUGAAAGCUGGUUUGGGUUUUCAGAACCAGAACUGUCUGAUGAUGAAAUAGGACCAAUACUGACAGCACAAAUUCAUGAAAGCCUCAAGAAAGAGUUGGAAAACAAAGGUUUAAAGAGAAAGCAAAUAGAUGAGAAACAUAAGGACAUUAAAGUCACUAAGACUAAGUCAAUCAAGAUGAAGGAGGUACUAAAUCAAAGCUCUUCCUUGAAACAGAAGACCUCUGCAACCAGGACCGUAAGUGAGAAAAAGCCUCACAAGGAAAGGUUUGAAGAAAAGCAUGAAAAGUUUAAUAAAAAAGUCCAAAAAGAGGCUAAAGAUUUAGGAUAUCACCAUGGCAAGCAUGACAGUAAACCCAAAGAGGAGCAACUUACAAAACAGGCUAAGCAUGAUCACCACCAGGACGUGGGAAAGUAUGGCCACUACAGAGAUAAGAAACAGCAUGAUGAAGUUAGAAAACAUAAAUAUCCCAGUGACGCAGGAAAAUAUGACAAAGACAGUGAGACAGGCAAACACAGCCACCGCGGUGACAGAAAGAAACAAAGUGAUACAGCUCAGUAUGAUCAUUAUGUUGGCUCAGGAAAACACAAGCACCAAAGAGAUGCAGAGCAGCAUAACAAACAUUCCACUGAUGGACCAUACCAUGGAAAACAGGGCCGAUACCAGGGUGAGGAGCACAAACAUUUUCACAAGUAUUUUAAGCAAGAGGGCGACAAUAGUCAUGACAGCAAAAAGCAUAAAGACUCAAGGCAGUACCAAGAGAGGGAUCUCAGAGGUGGGCAUUUCAAAAAGGGGGAAAAAUUCACCAUCAAGAAAGGGGAGAAGGAGAAGUUCUUUGUAAAGUAUGACUAUAGAGAUGUUAAAAGGCAUGACUAGAAUGAGCUAAAUUGAUUUUAAUAUCAGUUAAAAAGGAUUUGGAAAGGGAAGACACUGGACCUAGGCUAUCAUUUAGGAGUAGGCAGGGAGUGUUCUUCAAGAUUCAUAGGUUUUAGAAAGAGAAGACCCUGGACUGAGGUCAUUUAGGAGUAGGCAGGGAGUGUUCUUCAAGACUCAUAUGACUACUUUUUACUUUCUGAGAUGUCCAGUGCAACACAUAAGAACCUCUAAGACAAGUACUUCCAGUAUGUAUGUGCAUGAAAGGUACAGGUUAGAAUUAGCCACUCGGUUUCUGCUGAAACAAACUUACUGAAUAAGUUCACUUUUUUCCACUUAGAACUGAAUUGUGUAUCUGACGGUUUUGUUGUUUCUAAGAGACAUUUUGUUUUCAAAGUAUUCAGAGGGGCUAGCAGCCCUGUUGUAUUACUGCUGUCAUAAGCAAUAUUUUCUGUAAAAUGAAGUAAUCAUCAUCAAAUAAUAUUUAUUUAAAAGUAUGUUAAAUCCUGUAUCUUUAAUACAAAAGAAUGCUCAUUUGUAUUUUUUUUCACUAAAAGUAUCAAAAGAUGCAGCAAGGAGAGGUUGACCUGACAGCCGAACUGCCAUGGCAAACUGUACAUCAGUGUUUUGGGCUGUUUAGUUCUGAUACCAUUAGGGGGCACUGCUGGUUUAUGUACUUGUUUUCUUUCCACUGGCACAUGUGUCCAGCCAAGGGUGGGACUGCUUUUUUGUGUCAACAUGUGUUCUAACCAAAGCUAGAAAGAUGGAAAAAUUAUGCUGAUUUCUGCACACAAAGUCUGUCAGGGAAGAUAAAAUUUAUCUAUACCCACAAAUAUAUAUACAUGAAGGCCAGAAAAUGUCCCUGCUACAUUUCAUCUGAGGUUAGUGACACAGUAAAGCAGGAGUCACUGCCUCUAAUGUAUUAAUAUUUGCUAAUCUGUAAAAAAGCAUCUUCCUUACUGUCAUAAAUGUGAAUAUAAUUAUCAUCUUGCAUUGCUUCUGAAUGACUGACUUAAUUUUGCUUUUGGCACAGGAUGUGAAGUAGCUUUUAAUAAGGCAAAUAGUAUAAAUUCAUUUGCGUGUGUGUGUUCAGGAAGAGUUUUGUGUUUAAAAUGCGUUAUUGGCAAACACGUACUUUUUAGGAGUAUUGUCAGCUUUGAAUUUUUUAUGAUCCAUCAAAUGUUUUGUUUUGUUUUAUAAAUCAUACUGUGAGCAACUUCUAAACAAGCUACCUAACCACAGUUGUAAACUAAAAAUAUAAAUUCACUAAAAUUAACUAUUUGCCAUACUCUUUUCUUUCUUACACAUCAGCAUUGCUGACUUCAGUACAACCUGGUGUGUGUGUGCAUCUCUCUCUGUCUCGCUUAC